AUGUGGAGUUCAACUUCAACCACAGCGAUUGCAGCGUCCUCUUCCGACGAGGAUCCCAGCGAAUCCUUCUCAUCUUCCUUCUCCACCUCUCUCUUCAAUUUCUCCUCUGGAAACCCUAGAAUCGAGGAGACCCGUGGCCUCAUGCAUCUCUUCUCCAACGACACUCCUGCCACCCUUCCCGUUGGACGGAAACCUCUCGUUUGCGUUGUCGGCGUCCCCAAUCACAUGACCUAUGCGGAUUUCUGUCAGUUCUCUGGUUCCUUCAUUCAGCACAUGCUAGAGAUGCGCAUUGUUAGGAUGGAUGGUAUGGAGGAUCAGUACAGUGUCUUGAUUCGCUUUGACGACCAAGACUCCACUGACAGCUUCUACAAGCACUACAAUGGCCGCCGUUUCUCCUCUCUCGAGGUUGAGGUUUGCCGUGUUCUUUUCACGUUAGACGUGCAGUACACUGGUUCCAUCGAACAUGCACAACCCUCGAAUGCUAGUUCAACCGAACAGCCGACGUGUCCUGUUUGCCUCGAGCGUUUAGAUCAGGACACCAGUGGAAUUCUUACUACUAUAUGCAACCAUUCUUUCCAUUGUUCUUGUAUUUCAAAAUGGGCUGAUUCUUCCUGUCCUGUAUGCCGCUAUUGCCAACAGCAAGCUGAAAAAUCCAUAUGUUUUAUUUGUCAAACCACUGAGAACCUGUGGAUAUGUGUUAUAUGUGGAUACGUUGGCUGCGGAAGAUACAAGGGAGGGCAUGCUAUAAUACACUGGAAAGAGACACAGCAUUGCUAUUCACUUGAAGUGGAAACCAAACGUGUGUGGGAUUAUGUGGGAGACAACUAUGUUCAUAGACUUAUUCAGUCCAAAACUGAUGGGAAAUUGGUUGAGCUGAACACUCACUGUGCACACACAGACAAUGGAUGUGGAAGUUGCAGCUGUGGAGAUAAUGCCAUGAGUGAGGCUAAACUUAAUAGUAAAGUUGAAGCUAUUGUCAACGAGUACAAUGACUUGCUUGCUACUCAACUUGAAAACCAAAAAACAUAUUUUGAAUCCUUACUACAAGAAGUACAAGAAGAAUCUGAGAGAAAAAUAUCCAAAGCUGUUCAGAAGGCUAUCAGUCUUAAACAACAGAAGAUUCAGUCCAAGAUUGACAGAUGUAAGAAAGAGAAGAAGUUUCUGGAUGAUCUCAAUGAGAAUCUUGUGAAAAAUGAGGACAUUUGGAAAGCAAAGAUACUUGAGAUUGAAGAGAGGGAGAAAAAAGCAAAGAGACUAAUGGAAGAUAGAGUAGCAACCCUGGAAAAGCAGCUUGGAGAUCUCAUGGUUUGUCUUGAGGGUGGGAAGACGGUAGAAGAGCUACCCGUUUCAUAA